UCGGCACCCAAUACGGCAAUAUAUACAACGGCCAGUUUGCUAGAAAGGGUGAUAUGCCUUGGGUUGCCUAUAUCGAGGUAAAGAAAGACUAUGGUCUAUUAUUGCCAACAGACACCUGUCCCACCUGCGUAUCGGUCAAAAUAAUAGUUUACCCAGCUGUGUUCAGCAUAUCCAACAAGGGCAAAGGUGUACAGGCUGCUAGAUACUUAUACCCACCGCAAUACUUGAUCGACCCUAAUGCUUAUGAUAUAGCCAUGGUCAAAUUAAAAACCCCGCUCGACCUAAGACCCACCAUAGGGUCAACGCACCGACAGAUCAACAGCAUAUGCCUACCGCACAGCGAUGUCUAUCAUGUUUGGCUUGAAUAUGCUAUUAUAGCCGGUUUUGGUAUGACUAGCGAUAAUCACCUUGGUAAUCGGCUAAAAUUUGGUUGGACGGUCAUUCAAGAUCCCACGUACGAUGCAAAUGAUCGUAACGGUUCUUAUAUUACAUCAACUACCGGUUCAAUUGGGUGUGGGAUG